CGUUGAAAUCACAAUAAACCAUGACCCAAAAGCCCAUUUUGAUUUCUGGCGCCGGCCUCGCCUCGUUGUUGCUUGCUCGCUCUCUGUUGCGCUACAAAAUCCCAUUCCGUGUAUUCGAACGCGAUGCAUCACUCUCUUCACGAGGCCAAGGAUACCGGCUUCGGCUCUCCUCGGAAGGCCUGGACGCCAUCGAAUCGGCUUUGGAACCAGCAGCAUGGCAGAAAUUCUACGAUAGAUGUGGAAAGACAGGUGGUGGUGGCAUGAAGACUAUUGACGCAACUACUGGUGAAGCCAUUGAACAGCCUCCGGCUGCACCUGCUGGAAACAGUAGCAGUGGUGAAAGUGGCGGCAGUGAUAACAAAGAGAGCUUGAGUUCGCGAGAGGGAAAGGUUGUGGGUAUUGCAAGAGGAGACAUGCGAAGUCUGUUCAUGGAGGGCUGUGAACAGUUCGUUCAAUUCAACAAGCACGUCAAGGGCUAUGAAUUAACGACCGAGGGUGUUCGAGCUAUCUUCAGCGACGGCACGAAAUCAGAAGAGGGUUCUAUGCUCAUCGGAGGCGAGGGCAUAAAUUCCUAUGUCGCCAAACAGCUGUCUAAUGGCAAGCUGAAAGUUUACGACACUGGAGCUCGUGGUAUCCAUGGACAAGCACCCACAACUGCAUUCAAAGGUCUCGGCGAAGGUGUCUUCCGCAUUGUAGACAACAGUCGACCUAAUGGCUCAUUUGCCGUCAUCACCAACGUCCGUGCUGGCGAUAUGGAUGACCCUAAUACUCAAUUCGGAUGGACGAUGGUCGGAGAACCUGGUGUUAUCAAGGCACCAAAUGACGACUACACCAUUGUCGGCGAAACCGCAUCCAACAUUGCAAGAGAGCUCACAAAGAACUGGCAUCAUUCUCUGAAACCUCUGUUUACCGAAUCUACCACAUCCGAGGGUGCGUUUUGGAAAAUCACCAUUUCGACCCCUUCAGGUGUACCGGUAUGGCCAAAUCAACCCCGCGUCACUGUUAUAGGUGAUGCAGCGCACUCAAUGACUCCUGCUGGCGGUUUGGGCGCCAACACAGCCGUACGUGACUCGGCCCUGCUGGGUAGACUGCUGAAGGGUGGGUACUACGAAGGUGCAACAGCGGACUACGAGAAGGAGAUGAGAGUCUAUGGCAGUGAGGCUGUAGGAAAGAGCUACGGCAUGGCUUCAAAGAUGUUCAAGAUCCACAUCGACGAAGACAACUCAACAACGAUGGAUGGCGAAGUCAGAGAUAACAGAAGUUCAUCAUAGAGUGAAGGC